AUGGCCUCCUCAACAGAACAACUCUUUCUCGCCAUCUUGAGAAGCGAUCACAUCAAAGACUCUCUCUUCCCUCACCUCUCAACCACCGACCUCUGCAACAUUCGUCAAUCCUCAUCAGCUUGUUGUAACCUCCUCACUAAGCGUCUCUUCACACGCAUCCACGUCUCUUUUUCAUCCUCAACUUUUACUAAAUCAGCACGGGUUGCUGCUCUCGCUCGUAUCGGUCAUUAUAUUGAGCAUCUCACUUUCUACUUCCCUCACUCAGAUGCUACCUUUCUUCCUCCUCUCAUUCAUCCUGUCUCUGGCAAUGAGAUAUGUUUCCUUUAUACCCCUCAUACCAGCAUGGGCUCUGUGCUAUCAAGACCCAAGUAUGCCAACGCUGAACUGGGUGAUAUCCUUACCCAGCAGUAUCCUCCUCUCUUCCAUGCUGCUACCAAUGUACCCAGCUUCAUCAAUGCUAUGCGCAACUUGACAAACAUGCGCCAUCUCACAAUCAGAUGCCCUGGACAAGAUCCCAGAGAGAGAUACCGUCGCGAUAUUGUCGACUAUGCUCUCAUUAGUCUGCGCAUCUCUCUUGAGCGCGCCCCUCUCGAGAAACUCCACAAGCUGUCACUGUCUCAAUUGCAUCCCGCUGCCUUCAACUACCUCCGUCAUGUCAAUGGUUUCGGAACAGUUCCUUCUGCUGGACGUCGCUGGCGACAGAUCAACAAGCUCUCCGUCUCAGUAGACGCAUGGGACUUUUACGGCUCAUCACCUGGCCGUGAUCAUCUCAAGGUCAUGGAUGAGUAUAUCCGCGCCUUCGCUCCCAACCUUGAAAAGUUCGCCUUUACAUGGCUUGGCCGUAAGGGACCAUGUCCAGUUGCUCUGGCUGCUGACCCUAUCUUCGCACCACCUCGCGCCUCGAGGAAACUCUUCCACGAGGUUACAUCUCCCAUGUCCCCAUUACCAGAAACACCCGGAAAGGGUGCUAUUUACUUCCCCAAGCUGCGAUACCUUCAAGUUCGCAACGCUACCAUGAACGCUCCCCAGCUCAGCAACUUGAUCAACUCUCAUCGUCCAACCGUCAAAGAGUUUGACUUUGAGAGUGUUGUUCUUGCUGAUAACGGCAACUGGGAUGAUGUUCUUGCUCCGAUUGACACUGACGAUUCAUGGUCUCGAAGCAACAGCAUGGCUGCUCAGUCAGAAUACAGUCUAGUCACAAGCCCCAGCUCUGAGCAUCUUCCCAGUCCAAGUGCUGCUGUCACUGCUGCUAGUCGCGAGCUCUUGGAUAUGGACCUCGGUGGCUUCCCCUUUGAUGACAUCGAGAACGAGGUCAUUGAUGACUACCCGACUAGGGAUGUUCUCAUCGACGACGAUGUCUUUGCCCCGAUUGAUGAAUCAGACGCGGGCUUUAGCACAAAACUGCGCAAGAAGCGCUCUCGUCGUCGCAGAAGAAAGCAUCGCAGCAGCGACGAUGAUAUCCCAGAAACCCCUACACCAUCUCCCAAAUCCUCUCUGCGCUCUCUAUCGCGCCGCCAUAAACCCUCUCGCCCCAAACUCCAACCUUCAGUAGAAGAAGAGACCCUCCGUCCUCGUACUCCGAGCCCCCAUAUCACCGCACCUCUUCUCAUCAGUGAUCCCCAACCUGUCCUCCUCCAACCCACUACAUAUGACCCAACCGCAAGAAAGAGCACAAGUCGAGAUCCCGACGAGGGCAUAUCACCUGUCCAGCGUAACAUCGAACAAGAAGAGGCGCACCGUCUUCUCGCCGAGGACGCCGCCGCAAGAGUCAGCGCGUUGCAAAAAGCUAAAGCAGCUGUUCUAUCGAAGUUGAGUCGCGAGUUCUGCCACAGCAAGAAGUCUCGCGUUGGUGAAGCAAACGCAUGCCGCUUCCUGGCAGGCCGGGACUUGGGCACAGCCUUUGGACCUAACAUGGUCAUGGAAGACCGAAGAGCACUUGAAAGUCGGAGCGUGCUGGUGCCUCUGAUGUUCAGUCGCUCAUGA